CAUCAUCUCUUAUCCAAAUUACCCCCAUCGUCUCUUUCCUUUCUCCAAACUCUUGUGUUUACUUUGUACUAAGCUCUCAACAAUGGUGGCGUCUUCGCUAUGUCUAUCGAAUUCCACAAUUUGCCCUCUGCCUAAUGUAUCUUCGCAGCCGCUGCUCUCAUUCUCUCACUCUCUCAGGCCAUUCAUUUCCAAGUCCAAACCUAUUUGUGCCUCGCUACAACAACAACAGCAGAAGAGAGAUGGCUCUCAAUUUGUGGUGAAAUCUCAGGCUCUUGAUUUCUCUGGAACUUUCUUUGAAGGUGGAUUCGGGUCGGACGAUGACCCGACUUCUCCUCCCGGGUCGGGUGUCUCAACUGCCCUUGAAGACAAACCGGAACCUCAGUGCCCACCUGGGCUCAGGCAGUACGAAACAAUGGCGGUUUUGAGACCAGACAUGUCUGAAGAUGAACGUCUUGGUCUUACCCAGAAAUAUGAAGAGUUGCUUGUGGCAGGAGGUGGAAUGUAUGUGGAAGUGUUUAACAGAGGAGUGAUUCCAUUGGCUUACAGCAUUAGAAAGAAGAACAAAGCUGGAGAAACCAACACUUACUUGGAUGGAAUCUACCUUCUCUUCACUUACUUCACCAAACCCGAGUCAAUAACUCCGCUUGAGACCGUUCUCACUGCCGACGAUGACAUUAUCCGAUCAUCUUCCUUCAAGAUAAAGAAGAGGAAGUACAACUGAAGAGACCAUGAACAUUGUGUAUGUGUGAAGAAAAAAGUCGGAUUCUUUUUUUGGUUUCUUUGGAAGAACAAAAGUAAAUCUAUCUUUAUUUGGCUCUGCUUCAGUUUAUCUUUUUUUAUGCAUUGCUCUGUUUUCUACUGUAACAGAGUGUGAGAAACUCUAAAGCUAAGUUUGAGAAGCAUACUUCAAAAACAGAAUAUAAAAUUAACACCAAAUU